AUGCUGACCCGACUGGUGAUGGCCUCACCAUCACAAGUCAUGAGCACACGAGCCUUUUCCACAGCUCUUCCCUUACGAAUUGCGUCCGCCAAACCAACCUACAACUCGUCUUCCAAACCACAAGGACCGGCCCGAUCAAACCCUCUCGUGGGAAACUACGUUCCUCCCGAACCAACUCAAACCUCCAAAGAUCAACCCCCCGUCAAACCCGAGCAAAUCUCAAGCAAAGAAUCAAAAGCCAGCAUCGACAUCCCCCCUCCUCCUCCGCCACAAGCAUCAGCACCCGAAACUAUCACGUCUGCACCCCAAGAAAAACAACACGCCUACGACGCCCUCGACUCCAAACCCAUCACCAUCGACAUCGCCAACAUCCUCUCCCAAAAGUCCGCCGAGUACGCUCGCCAACACUCCGUCACCAACCCCAUGGACAAACCGAAAGUGCGCACCAAGGCCGUCACCGGCCGCACCGUCUUCAUCAGCGACCGCCUGACGCCCUCGUCUGCUCCUACGCCCAUGGUCGCCCUGCGGGUCCUGGAGAAGAUGUGCCGCGACCAAAAGGUCAAGAAUAAGUUUCACUCACAAAAGUUCCAUGAGAGGAAGGGCCUGAAGAAGAAGAGGUUGCGGAGUCAGCGGUGGAGAUCGCGCUUCAAGGCGGGCUUCAAGGCGGCUGUUAGUAGGGUCAUGGAGUUGAAGAAGCAGGGGUGGUGA